GUUAGCUCGUACGCUAGCAGCUAGCUAACGGUUAGCAUUUCAUUCGGACGUUAACUGCCGAACAACACGGUAACAGACUCCAGUCCGGUGGGGGCAUUUCUGCGGUACCUUCUCCUCUUUCUCCUCCCGGUUGUUCCCGGUUCUCCGCCCCCCCCCCCGGUCCAGACCGGUAUUUAAACCCGAAACAUGUCGGCGGUGCAGCGGAUGAAAGUGGCAAACGAGCGGCACAGCAAGACCAUCACACAGCGGGGACACGUCCAGAAAACAUCGCGGCCUGUAAACGAGGAGAAGUCUCCGGUGGGUCCGUGGCUGCUCGCUCUGUUCGUCUUUGUGGUUUGUGGAUCAGCCAUCUUCCAGAUCAUCCAGAGCAUCAGACAGGGCAUGUGAUGACCUUUGUUCCCGAGCUGAGCCUGUCACAGGGAGAUGGGGGGGGCAUGUCGCCAUCAUGACCCCACCUACCACAGACACUCACACUGAACACACACACACUGAACACACACUGAACACACUCACACUGAACACACUCACACUGAACACACU